AUGUCCAAAGUACCAAGAAAUUUCAGAUUAUUAGAAGAGCUGGAGAAGGGUGAGAAAGGGCUAGGUCCAGAAUCCUGUAGUUAUGGCCUUGCAGACAGUGAUGAUAUAACAAUGACUAAAUGGAAUGGAACUAUAUUGGGUCCUCCUCAUAGCAAUCACGAAAAUAGAAUCUAUUCAGUGGCGAUUCAUUGUGGUCCUCACUAUCCUGAUGCACCACCAACGAUAAAGUUUGUUUCUAAGAUAAAUUUGCCUUGUGUCGAUGAGAAAACUGGAGAGGUUAAACAGGCCAGUUUUCAUACUCUCCGUGACUGGAAAAGGUCUUACACUAUGGAAACUUUAUUACUUGAUUUGAGAAAGGAGAUGGCAUCACCAGCUAACAAGAAAUUGAAGCAACCAAAAGAAGGUACUACUUUUUAA